CGUACUCCGCGCCCGGGGCGGCGCGACCCGGUCCUGCCGCGGCCGCCGGUACCCGGCGACGCUCUGGGCGCGCGGGGCGAGGCGGUGCAGCUGCAGCUGCAGGACGAGGAGCUGCGGCUGCAGGAGGAGAGCGUGCAGCUGCACCAGAUCAACAUCUACCUUAGCGACCGCAUCUCGCUGCACCGCCGCCUGCCCGAGCGCUGGAACCCGCUGUGCAAAGAGAAGAAAUAUGAUUAUGAUAAUCUGCCCACGACAUCUGUUGUCAUAGCGUUUUAUAACGAAGCCUGGUCGACCCUCCUCCGGACAGUUUACAGUGUCCUCGAGACGUCCCCAGACAUCCUGCUAGAAGAAGUCAUCCUUGUAGAUGACUACAGUGAUAGAGAACACCUGAAGGAGCGCUUGGCCGAUGAGCUGUCUGGGCUGCCCAAGGUGCGUCUCAUCCGUGCCAACAAGAGGGAGGGCCUGGUGCGAGCCCGGCUUCUGGGCGCUUCCGCGGCGAAAGGCGAAGUGCUGACCUUCCUGGACUGCCACUGUGAGUGCCACGAGGGGUGGCUUGAGCCGCUGCUACAGAGAAUCCACGAAGAGGAGUCGGCGGUGGUAUGCCCUGUGAUCGAUGUGAUCGACUGGAACACGUUUGAGUACCUGGGCAACUCUGGGGAGCCUCAGAUCGGCGGCUUCGACUGGAGGCUGGUGUUCACGUGGCACGUGGUCCCCGAGAGGGAGAGGAUGCGGAUGCGGUCCCCCAUUGAUGUCAUCAGGUCUCCAACAAUGGCUGGAGGGCUGUUUGCUGUGAGUAAGAAAUAUUUUGAAUAUCUGGGGUCUUAUGACACAGGAAUGGAAGUUUGGGGCGGAGAAAACCUCGAAUUCUCCUUUAGGAUCUGGCAGUGCGGUGGGACCCUGGAGACGCACCCCUGCUCUCACGUUGGCCACGUUUUCCCCAAGCAAGCUCCCUACUCCCGCAACAAGGCUCUGGCCAACAGCGUCCGAGCCGCUGAAGUGUGGAUGGAUGAAUAUAAAGAGCUCUACUACCAUCGCAACCCGCACGCCCGCUUGGAGCCCUUUGGGGAUGUGACCGAGAGGAAGCAGCUCCGUGCCAAGCUCCGGUGUAAGGACUUCAGGUGGUUCUUGGAGAACGUGUACCCAGAACUGCACGUGCCUGAAGACAGGCCUGGCUUCUUCGGGAUGGUGAGUGAGGCGGGCCUGUGGCGGGCAGGGGCUUCCCUGAUCGACAAAUCCUGGCCAAGACAGGUCCCUUUUAUGGGGACUGCUGGCCUUCCUCUCCCUCCUUCCCCUCCCUGCGUUCAUGCACUGUCUUUCCUUCUCCCCAUGUCUGGGCCUUGGGUCCAGAAUGUCAGCACUAGAAGCCAUCUCCAAAUUGGUGAGUAUAAGCCUCCCAUUUGUAUAGACGAGGAAACUAAGGCUCACUCAGUGCUUGCAUGUCCAAUGUCACAUUACUUCAAGCUUCAGUGGCUGGACCAGUUAAUAAUCCCCAACUCAGGGAUUCAUAAAGGCAGUAGUGGAAGGAGAAGGGUCACUUCUGUUAUUUCAAAGAACCUGAAAGAAAUGUUUCUGGGAUGAGGUCAACUAAAAUGUCCAGUGCCUUUGGCUUUUGUGAGGAACUACACUAACUUAGGGAGGUCUCCUCUGCUGUGUGGUGUUGAGCAGAAGUGCCUGUGUUCUGUUCUCGAAGUCUGAUAAAUACAAAGCAGGACACUCUAUGGUCGACUCAUCUUCAACAAAGUAGGAAAGAAUA